ACCUCAUUAUGUUUGCUCGCUAGACACUUUGAGUCACACAGUGAGACAUCGUUUUCCUCCCGAAACUUUCGAGGGUAUUUCUCGACAGACUUCAACAUGCGUGAAUGUAUCAGUAUCCACGUCGGACAGGCCGGAGUCCAGAUUGGAAACGGUUGCUGGGAGUUGUACUGCCUUGAGCACGGUAUCCAGCCUGAUGGCCAGAUGCCCAGUGACAAGACCAUCGGUGGUGGUGACGAUUCCUUUAACACCUUCUUCAGUGAGACCGGUGCUGGCAAACACGUGCCCCGUGCCGUUUUCGUCGAUCUGGAGCCAACUGUCGUUGACGAAGUCCGCACUGGCACCUACCGUCAACUUUUUCACCCUGAGCAGCUGAUCACUGGAAAGGAAGAUGCCGCUAACAACUAUGCCCGCGGUCACUACACCAUUGGGAAAGAAAUCGUCGACCUUGUCUUGGACAGAAUCCGUAAGCUGGCUGACCAGUGCACAGGUCUGCAGGGUUUCCUUAUCUUCCACAGCUUCGGUGGUGGCACCGGCUCAGGUUUCACCUCCUUGCUUAUGGAGCGCCUCAGUGUCGACUACGGCAAGAAGUCCAAGCUGGAGUUUUCCGUCUACCCCGCUCCUCAGGUCUCCACUGCUGUUGUUGAGCCCUACAACUCCAUCUUGACCACCCAUACCACCCUUGAGCAUUCCGACUGCGCUUUCAUGGUAGACAAUGAGGCCAUCUACGAUAUCUGCCGCCGUAAUUUGGACAUCGAGCGCCCAACCUACACCAAUUUGAAUCGUCUGAUCGGCCAGAUCGUCAGCUCCAUCACCGCUUCCCUGCGUUUCGAUGGUGCCCUGAACGUCGACUUGACCGAGUUCCAGACCAACUUGGUGCCCUACCCACGUAUCCAUUUCCCUCUGGCCACCUACGCCCCUGUCAUCUCUGCCGAGAAGGCCUACCACGAGCAGCUGUCCGUUGCUGAGAUCACCAACGCUUGCUUCGAGCCAGCCAACCAGAUGGUGAAAUGCGAUCCCCGUCACGGCAAGUACAUGGCCUGCUGCAUGUUGUACCGUGGAGAUGUCGUGCCAAAGGACGUGAACGCUGCUAUCGCCACCAUCAAAACCAAGCGUACCAUCCAGUUUGUGGACUGGUGCCCAACUGGUUUCAAGGUCGGCAUCAACUACCAGCCACCCACUGUCGUCCCCGGCGGUGACUUGGCCAAGGUGCAGCGUGCCGUGUGCAUGUUGAGCAACACCACUGCCAUCGCCGAGGCCUGGGCUCGUCUUGACCACAAGUUCGACUUGAUGUACGCCAAGCGUGCUUUCGUCCACUGGUAUGUCGGUGAGGGUAUGGAGGAAGGUGAAUUCUCUGAGGCUCGUGAGGAUUUGGCCGCUCUGGAGAAGGAUUACGAGGAGGUUGGCGUCGACUCGGUCGAAGCCGAAGGAGAAGAAGAAGGCGAGGAAUACUAAACCUCAAGAUUGUGUGCAUUUAUAGAGAAAGUGCAAUUCAUUCGUUCAUUCAGCCGCAAUACUUCUUGUCCUAGUAACUGUUUACAAGAACUUGGGACAUUGUCGUUCUUCCGAAUAAGACAGUUGAUAUAUUAUCAAUGAAUGUCGACUUUAUGUUUUUUUUUAACAUUUAAAAAUGUAAGACAAUAAUUUGUAUCCUAUGGAACCAAUAGAACUGUAUACGUGUUCUGUAUGUGACAAUGCCAGCGGUUGUGAAAAAACAAAUGCUAAAAAACUUUA